AUGGCGGAUGUUCAGUCGGCGUUCAAAGGGUCACCUGUUCACGGCCGCUUCAGAAGCUUCCGGUCCGACAGCGUGUCGGGAGGAGUCAACACGACCGUUCGCCAUGGAGGCAUCUACGUCAAAGCUGUCAUCCCCAGAGGAGCAGCUGAGCUCGACGGGCGGAUACAGAAAGGUGACCGUGUGGUGGCUGUCAAUGGGAAUAGUCUGGAGGGAGCCCCUCACCACCAAGCGGUGGAAGCGCUCCGAGAAACGGGGCAGACGGUGCACUUGCUGCUGGAGAAGGGUCACCCGCCUACAGACAGCGUCCAAGCGCCCCCGCCUCAGUGCAGUCGGCCCGCUGCAGCCGGCGACCAAGACCAGAGUAAGAAUAACGAGCCGCGGCGGGAGGUCAUGGAAAGCCCAGAUCCUGGGAGCGAAGUUGGCCAAGAGAUCCGGCACGCGAUAAAUAACUCCAACCUGCACAUCUUUGUUCCCACAGACAAUGUGUUUGACGUGCGUCUGCUGAAGAACACGUCAGGUCUGGGCUUCAGUUUCAGUCGGGAGGAGAGCAUCCCGGAGGAGUCCCCCGGGUCCAGCAUGGUGCGGGUCAAAAAGCUGUUUCCUGGCCAGCCGGCUGCGGAGGGGCGCAUCAACGUGGGCGACGUCAUCAUGCGGGUCAAUCGGACCCCCCUCAAAGGACUCUCGCAACAUGAGGUGAUAUCCGCCCUGAGAGGAACAGGACAGGAGGUGACUCUGCUCCUCUGUAGACCCGAGUACGGGGUUCUCCCUGAAAUGGACGCUUCAGCUUUGACGCCCAUGCCGUCCCCACGAAAGCAGCCGGUGACCCAGGUGGAGUCCAGCCUGAGCUUCGGCAGGGCAAAGUCUCCUCCGGAGUCGCAGGGCAGCAAGAGUCAGGUCCUCAUGGAGGACGCCCUGGAGAGGAUGCUGCUCAAAUCCCCCGGCCGACACAACAGCUACAGCGACAGCACCGACGGGGAUGAGGAGGUGGAGGAAGCCUUCAGCGCCAGCCCGGUGGAGCACAGCAGGCACACCUGGGAGCAGAGUGUCUACCACACCCCCGGCAGCAACCUGGGGCUGGGUCGCUACGACAGCACCGGUCAACUGGACGACACCGUCAACUCGGCCUUCUACUCCCCAAACCUGUCGCUGACCAGCUCGGACCACAGCAAGAGGUUUGCUCCAUCCCCCGUGGCAGCUGAUCUGGAGUCAUCCAUCCUGCAUAUGGUGUCCUCCCCCACCGCCCCAAGCCCGGAUCCCCUCCCUCCCCCACUGCCUCUGCCGUUAAACCUCACCCUGCCCGGCAACGGACAGGACAUGGAGGACUUUGUCCCGGAGGUGGAGCUCAGGGUCUCGUUGGUGAAGUCGGAAAAGGGCAGCCUGGGCUUCACCCUCACAAAAGGUAACGACCACGGAUGUUACAUCCACGACAUCGUGCAGGAUCCAGCCAAAGGAGACGGAACCCUGAGGCCCGGGGACCGGAUGAUUACGGUGAACAACACAGAUGUGAGCAACAUGGGCCACACCGAGGUGGUCAACCUUGUCUUGUGGCGCCUCGCGUGGUCGACUUGGUGGUAGGGAGAGUCCUGGAGGCCCCCAAGCCCCCCAUAGAAGCCCAUCUGCUGCCUGACAUCGGCUUCAAGGGCAGUCAAGAACCA